AUGCACUACUGUAUACCCACGUUAGGAGACGAUGUAUUAUACAACGUAGCUCUUUACAAACCGGCUUUCCAAUCGUCGGUGUAUUUCGAGUGGUAUGCUGAGAAGGGAAACGAUGGUAAGAAAAAGGCGGUGACCACAAGUGAUGCUUGUUGCACGCACACCUUGUACGAGAACAACAGCUGGUGGAUGGUGGAUCUGUUGGACACUUACGUCAUCAGUUCUGUGGUACUGACCAACUUAAACGACAACAACGUGACCGCAGCCAGGCUGAAGAAUUUCCAGAUCGACGUGUUUAACAAAGACCCAAGACUGGCACCAACUUUCCCGUCUGAUUCUGGGGACAUCUGCUACAGGCAGACGACAGCAGCCACAAUCGGCACCUUUACCUGGAACUGUAGCAAGCCUUUGGUCGGUCGCUACGUACGGUUAAUCAAGUACACCAAAGAUUAUCUCAAUUUCUGUGAGCUGGAGGUGAUGGCAUCACCGAAAACAACACAAUCCAGCGAUUUUAAAAUUUACGACAACCGGAAACUCAACAUGACGUCAUCACUGGACGUCACCGAUUCGAGUUCCGUGUCGUGUGGUUCCCAGUGUCUAGAGAGGCGCUACACGGACGGGUGUGCUGCUUUCAACUGGUUCCCCUCUACACGUCUGUGUCAACUAUUGAACGUUGACCCCAGAGAUACGAAAAUGGAGUCGCAUCUCGUGCUGACGCCUGAAGCACAGUUCUAUGUUUUGAAAUUUUAG